GUGAGUGUCGUGUCCGGGAAGGGGAGGGACUCGGGAGACAAGCCGCUACGGUAACAGUUUGGCUGCCGCUACGAGGUUACGCCGUGCUAAAACCUUGGCUAGUUGUCAUUAAUGCAAACAUUCUCAAACACAUUACAGCGUGUCGACCUCUGCAAUAAAACUACGCGGGUAAUAUAGUGUUUUAAUUACAUCGCACUAUUGUUAUUCUGAGGAAAAGACUAGCAUAGGCUAACGAUAAGCAUAGCCAUAUUGCUAUCAAUGCACAGCCAGUGCCCGUGAACUUUAACACAUUUUCCCUCCCUGGUGCAAUGUCCACCUCUUUCUUAUUGAGAAACGGCAGGAGGGCGAUUUCGAUUAUCAGCGGGGGGCGCAGAGGAACCGACGCGCUUUCUGGAGUCAAUUUCAUAUCGCGCCACUUCAUCAUAGAUUUGUCAUACUCCACGCACUUCAUGGAUUUUAAAGGCUCUUCCAUACCAAGCUCCAUGAAAAAGCUGGUCGUAACGAAGCUUAGCCAAAAUUUCAGAGACGCUGUUGCCUUGCAAACUGUACCAGUCCCGACACCUGGCGACGGAGAAUUGCUUGUCAGAAAUCGAUUCGUAGGAAUCAACGCCUCCGACAUCAACUACUCUGCGGGCCGCUAUGACCCCACGCUGAAGCCGCCAUUCGAAGUCGGGUUCGAGGGCAUCGGCGAGGUGGUUGGACUCGGCCUGAGCGCCAGCGCCCACCACACAGUCGGCGACACCGUGGCCUACUUCUACGACGGGGCCUUCGCAGAGUACACCCUGAUACCCGCGAAAAAGAGCGUUCCCGUUCCCUCGGUGAAGCCGGAGUUCCUCACCCUCCUGGUGAGCGGUGCCACGGCCUACAUCGCCAUGAAGAAGCUCGGUGACCUAGCGGCUGGCCAGACGGUGCUGGUGACGGCCGCUGGCGGCGGCACAGGGCAGUUUGCUGUUCAGUUCGCCAAGCAGGCCGGAUGCCAUGUCGUGGGCACUUGCUCGUCCAACGAGAAGGCCGGCUUUCUGAAGACCAUCGGCUGCGACAGGCCCAUCGUCUAUACAUCUGAGGACCUGGCCACCACGCUGCGCAAGGAGUACCCCCGAGGCGUGGACGUGGUGUACGAGUCGGUAGGCGGCAGUACCUUCGACCUGGCGGUCAACUGUCUGGCUAAUAAAGGCAGACUAAUUGUGAUAGGGUUCAUAUCGGGGUACCAGACGGCAUCGGGUAUCCCCACCAUCCGAGGGGGGACACUGCCUGUUAAGUUGCUCCAGAAGUCGGCCAGCAUAAGGGGCUUUUUCCUACCUCACUUCCUGGGGGACUACAAGGAGGCAAUGGGGAACAUGAUGCAUUCAUUCGCCAAGGGGAAGCUAGUGUGCGAGGUGGACUGUGGGGACCUGGCCCCUGAGGGCCGUUUUGUGGGGCUAGAGUCUGUCUUUAGAGCAGUGGAGUACAUGUACGCAGGGAAAAAUGUUGGAAAGGUGGUGGUGGAGUUAGGUUCACCAUCUCUGGACAGCAAACUGUGACUUGCCUUAAUGUGAAUGUACUGGAGUAGCAAAUGAAAUGUACUAAUGAAAAGAGAAUAAUAAAAUGAGUGAAUGAAAAGAGAAUUUGAAAAGGAAAUUAUCCAAACAGUGAAAAGGGACAUUCAGUCAAUAUAUUUUUUCACUGUUUAUUUUACCUAAUGAAGUUAUUUUAUUAUUGUAACGUGGUAUGUUAGGGACCGUUCCUUGUAUAAAAGUUCUGAAGCGAAGCCAACUGGUUCUUUAGGUGAACGAAUAUCAUCCUGAAGACCAUUGCUGUAAAACCAAGAUGGUGUAAAACCACAUUGAGCAACCCUCUAGAUCCUUUUCCAAGCUUACAAAUCUCACACAAAUGUUUUCAAUAGUCCUGUGCUCAAGGAUGGAACUCGAAUUUUAACAUCCUCUAAUUUAUGGUAACAAUAACAAGGCAGUAUUCAGUCACACUGUGACUGCAUUGACGGUCCACAACCUAGGCAUGAUUUGACAAUGUACUGACAUAUCACCUGUAAAUGUCCCUGUAUUUAUACAGGAAAACUACAAUGUUGAAUAAUGAUCACAUUAUAUUACAUGUUUAAACCUGUCAUUGUUUUCACAUAUAGUAGCAAGCAAGGCUAGUGUAUAUGGCCCAUUUGUCAAAGACACACAGUGUCUACUUAAAUAUAUACAAAUGUGGGGGCCCUGAAUGCACCAGAAGUGAAGUUGUGCCUCAGGUAGCUGGGUCACUUGACAGACCAUGGUUCAAAUCCAGAACUCGGAUUGGCCUAGGGGUCCCACAAAGGGAAAUGCAAUUGGCUGUCCCAGUCCGGGUUGGGGGGGGGGGGGUAGUUUGAUUUAGAAGCCUUGCUACGUCACUCUCAAGCUUCUUCUUUUGGCAGCUUGGGUGCCUGGGAGCUCAAUCAAGAUAGAAGGCUGGAGAGUGCGUUCCUUCCGGCAUGUAAGCAUUCCCGUCUAUACUUCCUGGUUGAGUGAGCAGCAUGACAAGACCCAGAACGUCAACUGAUGUGAUUUGCAAGACACUCAUCUUGACAUCGACUGUUCCACUGGGAGUUGCUGCAAUAAAGCAGGGCCUUGAUCAAGAAUUGGAUGUCAUGAAAUUGGUGACAAAAACAGGGUAAAAGUAAAAAAAAAAAAAUACAGAAUCAGGUGGAAAAGCAUUAUAUUCUAAUUAACAAAUCAAUAGCACUUUUGCAAAUAUCUCUUAAAUGUAUCUUAAAGAUAAAUAAUUGUCUUAAAGAAAAUCUAAAUCAAGUUUGUUUUGUAGCACAGUCGGUAGUCAGAAGUAAAGCAGCAUUUGUAGCAUUUGGUAUUUUAUAGCAGGUUUGUUGCUGAUAGAAACAGCAUCCCAUAAUCCAUCUUUCCAUUCACAUGCCCCAAGCCGCACAUAAUAAAAUAUUAGUCUAGCUAACCAGAACUGGGGUUGAAAAUACCAUUAGUUUUUCCCCACAACAAGCAGAAAGUCACUUAUAUUAAAUGUCUUCUUGAAUGUCCUUUGACAUCAGUUUCAUUUCUUUAUCUUUUGUUUGUCUUUGUUAUUUUUACAAUGAGGAUCUGGUUCAAAUUUUUUGGAGUUUCUUAUAACUAACUGUUGUGUUCUAGCAAUUUGUAUUGCAAGUAGUUUAUAUAAAAAUGUUGAAUGAAAUAUAGAACCUGUUUAAGCUAAAUAUCAUGAUAUGGCCUUGUGAGGGGCAGAUGGGAGCCUUGGAAAGAUGUUGGGAAAAGGCCUUUUCAAAUAAUUAAAAAUAUUCCAAAUUAA